AUGAAAUUCGCUCGUCACUUCGUCCUCGCCGUCGUGGCGGCGGCGACAACGUCUUCGGCAUUCAGAACGACAAUACGGAAACAGCACAAACAACUCUCUACUCAUCCCCUUCAACGUCGCGCCCCUCAGUCCACCAAUGGUCAGGUCACAGCAGAUCCUGGAGACGGAGAAAAUUCAUUCGAUAUCGAGUCGGUCCAUGACUUGCUUUACCUUGCAGACAUAACCGUAGGAGGUGUUGACUACUCCGUUCAACUCGACACUGGCUCUUCGGACUUGUUCAUUAAAGGUCCAAAUGGUUCUCCUAUACCCGGGACGGAAGCAACACGGCUACUUCACAACAUGAGCUAUGCUAUUGGAUGGGCUGCAGGACACAUCGCCUAUGCUCCUGUAACCUUUGUCGGUAUCACAGCACCGAGACAAGCCUUUCUGGACGCCGACAGUGCUUACAAUCCAGCGCUUGGCCUUGGUGCUGAUGGUGUAGUCGGCCUUGGCUUCAACCGCUUGUCAUCCAUCGACCACGAACUCAAUAAGACCGGGGCGACCUCAGGCCGCAGCCUACUCUACAACUUAUUCGAUGCCAACCCUGAAGAACCCAACUUCAUUGCCUUCGCACUCCACCGGGAUAUAGAUGGAGAGGACGAGGACGAAGUGGAAGGAAGCUUUGCCAUUGGUGAAUUCGAGCCAGAAUAUACUGCGAUCCUCGGAAAUGCCCCAAUACCCACUUGGCCGCCUCGUAAUCCCUAUCGCUGGAACGUUCUUCUCGACGCCCUCAUCGUCAAUGACACCAUUACGCCUGGGACAACCAAGAUCGUAGGUGCCCCCAGCAACAAGGCUGUGGUCUUACUUGACAGCGGAGCAUCAUACACGUACGCCCCGCCGGAGAUUUGUGAAGCUAUCUAUGGAAACGUUCCAGGCGCUUCAUUUGAUGCCGCCGUUGGUGCAUGGAUCGUUCCAUGCGAUCAAGAGGUCAAUAUGGCCCUGCAAAUUGGUGGACAAGUCUUCCCCGUACAUCCUCUCGACGUGGUCAUGCCUAGAAACCCUACUAACAAGGACGUUUGUAUCGGUACCUUCCUCCCUCAGAUCCUUGGAGAUGGAUGGGACUUUGAUUGGUUGAUUGGCGACAACUUCUUGCGAUCGGUCUAUUCCAUCUAUGACUUUGGCGACUUUGACGCUGAAGGAAAAAUGGGCGAUCCUUAUGUCAAGCUACUCGCACUCGUCGAACCGGACGCCGCAUCGAUAACUUUCCACAACCAACGCGGAGGCGAACCCAGGAGUGGCAUCAAGUUUGUCGGAUUGGACGGUGUCUCUGUCGCACCUUCCUUCGCCAUUUCGACCGACAUUUCUGAAUCUCUCGAAAUGAUUGGAAAGUUCAUGCCUGCCAUGCUUGCAGUGGUAGCCUUCAAUGCACUCGUUAUUGUCGUGGGAUCUAUCAUCUGGCUCGUCAUGUUCAUCAAGAAACGAAGGAGGAGAGCCUUCGCAAGGACGCCACGAGCCCGAGGUGGGGGAAGCACCCGGCCAAACAGCACGAGACCCAACAGUUACAUCGCCGGUAUAGAGGUGCAGCCGCCGUCGGUCCACGCGUACGAGCCCGUCUCAAUGGCGCUCACAGAAGACACCUUCGUACCGCCGUCACCCGCCUUCCAUGGAUAUGGAGGCGGUAAUGGCAAAUUACAACCGGGCGAACGGCCCAAGUCCGUUGCUUGA